GGGCUUCCGGUUCCGCCCGGACCGAGGGACCGAGGCUGAUGGCGGCGGCUGAGAAGUUGGCAGCAGAAGAGGCUGUGGAGACUGAGAAUCCGGGAGCUCUGAAACCCGGAGCCGCCCCGUUCGGAAAUUUCCCUCAUUAUUCUCGCUUCCACCCUCCCGAGCAAAGGCUCCGCCUUCUACCCCGGGAGCUUCUUCGACAGCUCUUCCCUCCCGAGGGUCCCGAGAGGAGGCCGAUCCUAGGGCUCGACGUGGGGUGUAACUCCGGGGAGCUGAGUGUGGCUCUGUGCAAACAUUUCCUUUCCCUGCGUGAUGGGGAGCCCUGCUCAGGUGCCUCCAGAGACCUCCGCCUCCUCUGCUGUGAUAUAGAUCCAGUCCUUGUGGAGCGAGCCGAAAAAGCAUGCCCUUUUCCCGAUGCUCUGACCUUUAUCACCCUGGACAUCAUGGAUCAAAGGAACCGGAAGGUUCCCUUGAGUUCUUUCUUAAGCCAGUUUGGACGUUCUGUUUUUGACAUUGUCUUCUGCAUGUCGGUAACCAUGUGGAUUCAUCUGAACCAUGGGGACCGUGGUCUGUGGGAGUUCCUGGCCCAUCUCUCCUCUCUCUGUCGCUACCUCCUUGUGGAGCCACAGCCCUGGAAGUGUUACCGGGCCGCUGCAAGGCGCCUCCGAAAGCUGGGACUCCAUAACUUUGAUCACUUCAGCUCUCUCACCAUCCGAGGUGAUAUGGCCAGUCAGAUCGUGCGAAUCCUGACGCAGGACCAUGCAAUGGAAUUAGUGCGCCGCUUCGGUAACACCAGCUGGGACCGAAGCCUUCUGCUCUUCAGGGCAAAGCACACUGUGGAGACUCAUCAACCCCUGAACCGCUGACAAAAGAGACAGAAAGGAAGAAAUCGGAAUUCUGAAUAGGAGGGCAAACAGGAAGAGCACCAGGGACACAAUGUGACGCUUUCAUACUGAGAAUCGUGUUCACAUCCUGGAGCAAUCGAGCCUCCAGACCUGGCAGGAACUUUUGGCUAAGUGUCUGAAGCAAGUAACUGAAAGAAUUAGUGUCUGUGUUCCCGAUGUUUGGAUAGCCCCUGAGGGGAAUGAAUUCAGAGAGCGGUGAACUAGGCGUCUGGAUGGAGAUUGGCCUGGGGAGUGAAACUGCCUUUGUAAGCUGUCUUGUUUGCUGGGGACCAAAGUUAGGGUCUUGUAUGUGCUAGUGAAAUAUUCUACCCCCAAGCUACACCACCAGCUCUGCGGGUGUUUAUAAAAGUCAGACCGGGUUAAUAGACUGUGUCAUCUCUUCUAUUUACUUAUUUUUAUUUUAUGUGCAUUGGCAUUUUGCCUGCAUGUAUGUCUGUGUGAGAGUGUCUGGUCUGUGAGUGCUGGGAAUUGAACGUGGGUCCUCUGGAAGGGUAGUCAGUGCUCUUCACUGUUGAGCCAUCUCCGGAGCUGCAUACUGCCACUUUGAACUCCUUAAAUCCAACCUGGAUCUUCAGCCUUUUCUGGACUUGCUUGGCUGCCUUGAAACAGAGCCUCAUGAUGAAAUCUGCAGUGAGCAGCCCUGGACUGGCUAUAGGAAGUGGUCAGUAGGGAAAGCAUUUCAUCUUUCUAGAGGAGGCCAAGCCUCACAGUAUAGUUAUGCACUGAAAGACACACUAACUAACAUUUUAAAAAAUACUUAGAAGCUGGCUAGAGUGGCAGAUGCUAGCACUUGACAGGCAGGGGCUGGAGGAUCAGGAGUUCAAGGACAGCUUUAAGACCAGCCUGGCCUAUAUGAGUCCCUCCUGUCUUCAAAAAAAACCAGUGUGAUAAUAACAGCUGUUUAGGGCUCGGUAAAGCCUAAUUGUAGACUGUUUACUCAGUACCUGUAAGGUUUGAUCCCUAGCCUUUUCCUCAUCCCCCACAAAAAAACAACAAAAAGAAUUUAAUUAUGAACCCUAAGAUAGGUAGUGAUUUGUGAUUUGGUUCUACAAUACAGCUCAGCAAUCUUGCUUUCUCUUCCUCUUCCUUUGCUGUCUCUCUUUAGUUUUCAGGACCAGAUCGAACAUGGGACCUUGUACCCACUGGCAAGACUCUGCCACUGAGUCCAUCCCAGCCUGGUUUGAUUUUGUUUUAAUUUUUGCUUUGUUUUGUUUUUUGAUCAAAGGCAUCUCUAUGUAGUCUUGGUUGUAUUGGAGAUUGUUACAUUGACCAGUCUGGCCUUGAACCACCACCUGGCAGCGAUGUAAACCUUUAAUCCCAGCAGAGGCAGGCGGAUAUCUGUGAGUUCAAGGCCAGCCUGGUCUACAAGAGCUAAUUCCAGGACAGGCUCCAAAGCUCCAGAAAAACCCUGUCUCGAAAAAACAACAACAGGGGCUGGAGAGAUGGCUCAGAGGUUAAGAGCAUUGUCUGCUCUUCCAAAGGUCCUGAGUUCAAUUCCCAGCAACCACAUAAUGGCUCACAACCAUCUGUAAUGGGGUCUGGUGCCCUCUUCUGGCCUGCAGGCAUACAUGGAAGGA